CUUCCUACCAAUUUUUUUGAUCAUUCUCAGGAUUCUUCUGUUUAUUCCCUUUGGAUCCCUAUCCAUACUUGCUGUUCAACAUGGUCGACGCAGCCUACCCCCUUCCGGGCACAAGCCAAGUCUACAUCUGGUCUGGCAGACAGUACGCUCGAAUCGAAUUUACACCAGGCGGCUCAGAGGAGCGCCUCAAGGCGGGCCCUAAAAGCAUCCGCACUGGCUGGAAAACCUUUGAUGAAUCCGACUUCGGCAGAGUCGAUACCGUUGUGUCUGUUCCUGGCUCCCAGGACCAAGUUUAUGUUUUCUUUGGAGGCCGCUAUCUCAAGAUCAAGAUUGAUAGCUAUUUCAAUGACACCUUUGUGAACAAUGGCCCCCGUACGAUUCCUGCCGGCUGGAAAUCACUUGAAAGGGCGGGAUUUGACACUGUCGAUGCUGCGGUGGUAGUUCCCGGCACCAACAACCAGUUGUACUUCUUUCGGGGCUUGAAUUAUGUCCGGGUGGACAACUCCACGGACGAGAUCAUCAAUGGCCCUUCGCCAAUUUCACAGGGCUGGCCUAGCAUUACUCAGGCUGGGUUUGAUGCUGUUGAUGCAAUUCUUCCAAGCCCUACUGGCGGCGAUGUGUAUUAUGUCUUCCGCGGUGACAAAUAUGCCAAAAUCAAGGUCGACAAUUCCCGCAAUGACACGCUCUUUUCAGCAACCAGACUGAUCAGCUCUGGAUGGACCACUCUGGACGGAUGGGUCUAACUUUUACCUGAUCUAUUAUUUCCGCACUCUUGGAGAGUUGUUGAACAUUUCCCUGUCACACUGCAGAAAACUAGUUGUAGAAGGGAUGUUUAUAGGAAUAUACUCAUUGAAGACAUU